CCCUAGUAAAACCCCUUCCGUCUAACACCGCCUCUCUUCAGUUCUAUGUCGCCUCCACUCCUCCUCUUCCUCCUCUGUCCUCAGCCCAAUACUUUCAAUUAAUAGUUAUCUCAAUCGGAUUAUCUAUCUAUCGAUCCAUCUAUCCAUCUAUCUAUCUAUGCGUGCGUGUGUGCAUCUGCAUGAGUAGUAGAUUUAGAUCCUACUGAUUCAAAUAAUACUGAUCGGUUCAUUCGAACGAACCCCUGAAGAAUUAAACCGCACGUACCUCCCUAACUUUAACAAACAGAAAGAAGACUCCGUUGGGUACCGACAUGGUCGUGAACGACUAUGCGAGGCCCUUGAAGCGGAUGAAGAGGAGAGUCACAGCAGAUCUAUACGAUUUUCUCAACUUCACUGUCGAAGCCAACGAGCCCUCUGGUGAUCCCUUCCGUUUGAGAAUCUCCAGCUUCCUGUCCAGGCAUGCCCGCCUGACCUUCGCCCCUUCUCUGUUCUCCUCCAUCGUGGCAUGGCAGAUCCUCUUCCGCAUCGGAGACCUGGACUCGUCGACGGCAGUGGUGGCCCUUGACAUAGUCGAGGAGGAUGUUACCCGUUCCAGAUCUGUCUAUUGUGACCAGUGCCGAGUCGUUGGAUGGAGCAGUCAUCCGGUGUGCAGAAAGCGAUACCAUUUCAUAAUAAGAGCUGAGGAGUCCAGUCCGACAUCUCGCAGUUCCUGUUCUACAUGUGGCAAUAUGCUACAGCUACCCGAUACCAGUUGCAAGUGUUGCAACUCAACAGUUACACCAGAAGAUCUUGAAGACUGGGUGUAUUCGCAGUUUGAAGAUAACACUCAUUAUCUGCAUGGCUUAAUUCAUUCGAAUGGCUUCGGACACCUACUCACUCUCAACGGCCGAGAAGGUGGCUCCAAGUUCUUGUCUGGAUCUGACAUCAUGAAUUUCUGGGACAGACUUUGCGGAAUGCUCUCAGUGAGGAAGGUGAGCGUCAUGGAUGUAUCCAAGAAAUAUGGGAUGGAGUAUCGGCUACUGCACGCAAUCACUAAAGGCUACUCAUGGUAUGGGAAUUGGGGCUAUGAGUUCACUGCUGGCAGCUAUGCUCUAACAGUGGACACGUACAAAAUGGCAACUGACACACUCGCUUCGAUGCCUUUAUACCCCCUUAUGUUCCAGCGGCGCAAACCUCGAACACCUCUGCAAACUCUCAUCGGCUUUUACAAGGCAAUGUCGGAGACUGAACUCCUCACACUGAGAGAUCUCUUUUCCUUCAUGUUGAGCCUCAUCCGAGAGUCAGAUGCGCAGGAGUCCUCCACGAAGAGGUCUGCUGCUGGUGGCUCAAAUUUACUUUGUCCUUGGACGAAGGGUGAUGUCAGUUGCGUGGAACAAGCUAUGUUGAAGGUGUUGCAGGCAGCAUCCGGGACAGGUCAUUGGGUGACAUGGCAUGCUCUUAAAGGGGCUCUGCACAAGUCAGCAUCUUUAGAACUCCUUGAUUACUGUCUCAAACACUUUGGUGAGAGAACACUGGCUUCUGACAUCAAUAUGAUGGUCCAAACUCGUCUAAAUCCAAUUUCUGGUGUUGUUGAGUUCAGGCUUGCAGCUCCUAGUUGGGAUCAUCGUGGAGCAUGCACUAGUCCAAGAUGCCCAUUGAAAGAACACGUGGUUCGUGAUCUCAAAUUCUUGUAUGAUGCUCUUGUCCACCCAGGAAGUAUGCUGGAGUAUAGGCCUCUAGCUGCUAGACAGCGUAUGCACGAUUCUGCGGUGAAGCUUCUUGACUGCAAGCACUUCAUGAAAGAUUACACAACUGAUCAGAGGAACACGAUGAAUCCCUUUGCCAUUCGUCUUUUGUGUCAUGUUGAGCUCUCCGAUCAUCCCAAAGAGGAACCCCUACUUCCUCCAGAGCUAGUUGUCCUGCCUCCGAAUGCCAGUCUUGCUGACCUUAUAGAUGAGGUCACAACAACUUUCCGAGAUGUGUAUGUCAUGUUUAGGAGGUUCCAUGCUGAGUCGCUACCUGAAUAUGGUCAUAUAGAGAAAACCAUCUCUUUGAAGUUGUUAGUUGGGUUGAAAGGUUCCAUCCAAGUCAGAGGAAGAUGCCCUUCAAAGCAUGGGCUAAGCCGCUAUAGGAUGGAGCGGGGGACCGAGAGCUGGAUCGUUGAUUGUGUGUGCGGGACUAAGGAUGAUGAUGGGGAGAGGAUGCUGGCUUGUGAUGCAUGUGAGAUUUGGCAGCAUACAAGGUGUGCUGGGAUUGACAAUUCUGAUCCUGUUCCUGCCAAGUUUGUGUGUCAUAGAUGCAGGAAUAGAGAGGAAACAGCAGCCUUGGAUGGGGAUAAUUCAGUUUCUCUGUCCUGCACAACUUGCAGAGUUGAAGUAAUGGUGGCUGAUAAGAAGACUGCUGCUGCUAACCUAACUUUUGGUGUACCUUAAAUGUAUAGAUUAUCUGUAUGUGUGCAGUUUUUUCCCCCAUUUUUUAGGGUUAGGGAUCAAACUGAUGGUGACUGAAGCUAAUCAGUGAAUCACCUGCUGGUAUAAAUAUUUGUUGUACAUGAAUUACCUUUUCUUUUUUAUGAAUAGUGGGAUCAAACUGA